AUGCUAGAUCCCAAACAUCCUCUGACUAAGCUAAUCAUCCAGGACUUCGAUGAGACCCUCCUUCAUCCUGGACCAGAGGGAGUGCUAGCUGAACUGCGUCACCGGUUUUGGAUCCUGUGGGUGAGGAAAGCAAUAAAGGGAAGAGGCAAACCCUUUGAGCUCCUCUCUGACAACGGGACAAACUUCGUUGGAGGAGCCCGAGAGCUACAUGAGGCCUUCGAGGCCAUGGUUCCUCGCCUGAAAGAGCAGUUGGCAGAACAGCAGAUCAAGUUUUGUUUCAUGGAAGCCAUCCUGAAUGCUAAGCCCCUCGGCUACAUCUAUUCAGACGUAGCAGAUCCAGAUCCCAUCACACCUAGCGUCCUACUGAUGGGACGCCACGACGCAUCACCCCCUCAGGUCGUUUACGACUCCAGUGACAUUCUAGGAAAUCGCCAAUGGAGGCAUAGCCAAGUCCUCGUCGACCAUUUCUGGCCCAGGUUCAUGAGCCACUACUUGGCCAAGGGCUUUGGAGGGGUUAAGUUACCCCGACCCCGUUGUGAUAUCAUAAUUUCUGUUCUUGUCUUUGGCAGCACCAGCCAUGCUCUUUUGGACCGAUUCCUUCAGGAGAACACUGCAGAUGAUUUGUUUCCUCGUUAUUUGGAUUCAGAUGAUGAUGGCCAAUAUACAUCCUGUGAUUUUGAAUCUUUCUGCCACUGGACGUUGUCAAACUACAGCGGCCAAAGUGACUGGUGGGUCACAUCUCCACAGCAGCCACGAAAAAACACACCAGCUGGCGUGAUGUUGCCUUUCACUGACCAUUCAGUGGGAAGCUCUAACGGUCACUUCCUGUUCCUAAGCCCUUCCCCUACUGCUGAGACUCCUGGGAAAUGUGAGUACCACUUAGUUAGCCCAGUGUUGGCAGGCAGUGGUGGGAUGUGCCUCUUGCAGCUGGCUUUUUAUGAAGCUGGUCCAUUGGUGGGGAAUGUGACUCUGCUGGUCAAACCAGCUCAUUCACGUUCAGCUACAACCUCAAAGGUUCUCAACCACAGAAGACGAGAUGGCAGCAGGGCUGAGUGGGAAGUUCUGGAGACUGUAAUUGGUCGAGUAGAUGAGCCCUUCCAGGUGACCCUGCUCUACAACGGUUGUCUGGGGAAGGAUGGAGCCAUUCUGGCUUUGGACUCCAUUGAGCUCAGAGACUGUAAGCAGGAACAACAUGACUUGGAGUUUGAGGAGGAUUGUGAGACGUCUUUCCAGUGCGACACUACAGGCUGCAUCGCCCAGAGUCAAGUAUGUGACUUCCACCCCGAUUGUCCUCUAGGGGAGGAUGAGGGAUUUAUCUGUGAUGCCCUGCCAUUUGGCUCUUACUGUUCCUUUGAGCAGGACCAAUGUGGUUGGUCUGUUUCCAAACAGCAUUCAGCAUGGAGAAGGGUAGCAGGAGAAGACUUGAUGGAGCGAGAAGACAUGCGGGGGAUUGCAUUGCAGAGUACACCAGGCUACUUCCUGUUUCUACGGGUAAGAGGCAGUAAUUCCCCUCAGGAAGCAUCCAUCCAGAGCGCUUCGUUUCCUCCGCCAGUCUCUACCAGCAUCUGCCAGCUGCAUUUUUCUCUGUACCUGUUUGGAGAGUAUAAUGGUACCAUCUUAGUGGCUAUAGAGGAAAACAGAACAGCUGCUUCACCUCUGGUCUGGAAAAGAAAUGGUCAAUGGACAGAUGACUGGCAAGACAUCACCCUGCAGCUGACAGGCCUUCAUCAUGGUUUCCAUGUCAAGGUGACAGCUCUAUGGGGAGAAGGCUCCAGUGCUGACAUUGCCCUCGAUGACAUUGCUGUUGGAGCAGCGUGCUUCAACACAGACGUCAACUCCCUGCUCCUCAGUCACAGAUUUUUCCACGAUAUGGGCUCCAUGGAGGAACUGGAUGAUCUCUUCAGCCCACUUCCAGAGCCUUCUGCCUCAGAAGUUUCUUUGAUGACGUGGUGGUUUACAUCAUGCGGUGCCAGCGGCCCUCGGGGCCCAACCCAAGCCCAGUGUGACAGCGCCUACCGGAACACCAAUGUCAGUGUCACCGUGUGGAAGGACGGCCCCCUUAAGGGAGUCCAAAUGUGGAGAGUCCCCGCUACCAACAGAUACAUGAUCUCUGCCUAUGGGGCUGCAGGAGGGAAAGGAGCUAAAAACCAUAACAAGCGCUCACAUGGCGUCUUUAUCUCUGCAAUCUUUCCUCUGGAGAAGGGAGAUCUCCUUUACAUACUGGUGGGCCAUCAGGGAGAAGACGCAUGUCCAGGGAGAAACCCCCUCACACAAAAGAUCUGCCUGGGAGAGUCGUCAGUGAUCGAAGACGACCGCGGAGGGGAGGGCUCUGCAGAAUGGGCCGGUGGAGGAGGCGGGGGUGGGGGAGCCACCUACAUCUUUAAGAUGGAUGGUGCUGAGCUAGUUCCUCUGCUAAUAGCGGCUGGUGGGGGAGGAAAGGCCUACCUAGAGGACCCAGAGUCCAGUCUGGACCAGAUGCCACUGGAGCAGUAUGAGAAUGAUACCGGAGCACCCAGCAACAAUGGUCGAACAGGUGCUGCAGGUGGAGGUGGGGGUUGGAAAGAUAGUCCUAGUCCUUAUCAAAGGGCUGGCAAGUCCCUCUUGGAGGGGGCCGACGGUGGCUCAUCGUGUCUUCUGGCUUUGUCCAAGCUCAGCUGGGCCACCUUUGGUGGCUUUGGAGGUGGAGGAGGAGCAUGUACAGCUGGAGGAGGUGGAGGAGGCUACAGAGGGGGUGAUGCGGCACUGACUGAUGACAUCACGGCAGAUGGUCAGGAUGGAAUCUCCUUCGUCCACCCGAUGGGAGAGAUAUUCCUGCAGCCUUUGGCAGCCAUGGAGAGCCACGGUGAGUGUGAGAUCAAGGUGCAGCUGAACUGCAGCCACUGCCAGACCCAGAGCUGUACACGAGAUGAAGAAACCCACAUCAUCCUCUGCCUCUGCCACAAUGAGGACGUUUUGGCCAGCGACAACGUGACAUGUACAGCAGCUCCUCAACUUGCAGCCUUAGAGGGCCAGCUGUCGCUAUCGUUGAUCCUGGCGGUGGUGGCGUCCACAAUCGUAAUCGGCAUCAUCCUGACCUGCGCCAGCCUGACGCUCAUUUACUAUCGUAAGAAGAACCAACUCCAUGCUGUGAGGGUACGUCUACAGAGUCCAGAGUACAAACUUAGCAAAAUCCGUUCCUCCACCAUCAUGACCGACUACAAUCCUAACUACUGCUUUGCGGGGAAGGCUGUGUCACUCAGUGACCUCAAGGAAGUGCCGCGUAAGAACAUCACGCUUCUUAGGGCUCUUGGCCACGGUGCAUUUGGUGAGGUUUACGAGGGACAGAUUCUAGGGAUGUGUGGGGACAACACAGCCAUGCAGGUGGCCAUAAAGACACUCCCGGAAAUCUGCUCUGAGCAGGAUGAGAUGGAUUUCCUGAUGGAGGCGCUGAUUAUGAGUAAGUUCAGCCAUCAGAACAUAGUGCGCUGCAUCGGAGUCAGUCUGCACAUUCUGCCCCGCUUCAUCCUGCUGGAGCUAAUGACUGGAGGAGAUAUGAAGACCUUCCUCAGACAAAACAGGCCUCGAGCUGGCCAGACCUCCUCUCUCACCAUGCUGGAGCUGCUGCACAUGGCCAGAGACAUUGCUUUUGGCUGUCGCUAUCUGGAAGAGAACCACUUCAUACAUAGAGACAUUGCUGCCAGGAAUUGCCUGCUGACCUGCCCUGGACCAGACAGAGUUGCCAAAAUAGGAGAUUUUGGCAUGGCCCGGGACAUAUAUAGAGCCAGCUAUUACAGGAAAGGUGGUCGUGCAAUGCUGCCGGUGAAGUGGAUGCCACCUGAAGCCUUCAUGGAGGGCAUCUUCACCUGCAAGACUGAUACAUGGUCAUUUGGAGUACUGCUGUGGGAGAUCCUCUCCCUGGGCUACAUGCCAUACCCCUGUAAGACAAACCAGGAGGUGCUAGAGUUUGUCACCAGCGGGGGCAGGAUGGACCCCCCCAAAGGCUGCCCUGGGCCUGUCUAUCGCAUCAUGACUCAGUGUUGGCAGCAUUGUCCAGAGCACAGACCCAACUUCUCUACUAUCCUGGAGAGGAUCAACUACUGUACUCAGGACCCAGAUGUGAUUAACACACCUCUACCUAUGGAGUACAGCCCCACCAUGGAGGAGGAGGGUGGCACAGUCAUCCGUCCUUCUGACCACACCUCCAGCAGUCUCACUCCACUAUUGGUAUCACACUCGUGUUCCCAGGACCUGUCAUCCCAGUUAGCCCCCUCUUCUGUCAGCCUCAGUCCCUCCCUACUUUCCCCACAGCCAACCAAACCCCGCCUACUCCUCCAGAGGAACCAACACAUACACCAGGAAGUGACUUCAUACCACGAGGCUCUGGAGCCAUCUUGGGCCGAGACUGUUCCUGCCUCCAGUUUGCCAUUGUCAGCAGCAGGGGUGUGUACAACCAGCUCCUGGCUCCAUCCGGAGACUCUCCACCACCAACCCUGCUCCAGGAACAGUUCCUCUUCAGGAAGCCAGAGGCUGAAGAACAAGACCAAGAACCUGUGGAACCCCACUUAUGGCUCCUGGGUCUUAGAAAACUUCAGCAGGGGGAAAAAAACCCUCGCUCACACCCAAUCCAUGCCUCUCUCGAGUUCUGCGUCUUCCAUCAGCACCACCAUCAACGCCCAGGUCUCUCAGUCGUCCAGCCCAACAUCAGAGUGCACCGAGUCAGGGUGCGACGGUGCCAACAGCACCCAGCUCAGCACCUCAAGUCUCUGCUCACCUUCUUCUGUGUUGGCUUCAACACAACCUGCCUCAAACAUGUCAAACCGUAAGAACCCAACGGGAACUGCCGCAACAGGGGGUCCAACAGCCCCAGUGGACCUGGCUAAGCUCCAGAGUUUCCCAUGUGGCAAUGUCAAUUAUGCCUAUGAUGAGCCAAACUACGAGGCAGAGAGUCUUCCCCUAGUGAUGCCCAAAACCCCAGAAGCCAGCACAAAUACCAGCUCUGCCUCUAGCUUCUCCUCAGGGUCUGGCCUUGGGCUUGCCAUGGGAUUGGGCCUCCAUACCUCCUCUUCCUGUAUGCCAAAGCUGAUGCUGAAGCGCCACGCCAGCUAUGGCCAUGAGGAUGUUAGGAGGCACACCAAGGCUGAGAAACCCACACGUGACCGAGACUCUGGAUUUUCUCUGUCUGAAGACCUCAGUGUCACCCCUGUCUGA